UCUGUCGGUGCAGUCACUGCUCGCUUUUGAGACCAACGCAUGAGACUAGCAAAUUACGGACAGAAUGUCGCGGAAUGUCAAGUUUAUCCGAUAGUUACAAACAAAUGUUUUCUGCAUUGUUUCACCCGUGGUCUAAGACUGGCAUCAAGUUCAGGGUUGGUAACAGGUGUCUGGAGAGGAGACUGGCAGUAUGGAGCUGCUACCGCAGGGGAGAACAGGAGAGACAGUCAUCAGCCAGGACACGGUCAAGGGACAGGAGGUGGCCAAGUGUCCCCUGGACCUCCCAGAGUACCAGACCACCCAGCCACAGCCACAGCCACAUCCACCACCCAAUGUUAUUACCCAACAGCCACUGUUUAACGGGACAGCUGGGGAACACACAGCAGAGCUCCCAGGGCCCUCUGUAAGGUCUGACAGAGCUGAUGAUGAAGAUAGCGAUGACUCUAUGACAGAUCUCAGCACAACUGACGACGUGUCACACCUCCUACCAAACAGGGUACCAACAAACCCAUACCAACUACAGAAAGUAGAGCCUCCCACCGGGGUCCCUCUGUCGUCCAGUCCGAAAACGUCCCCCAAAACCCUGACCAACGGAGCCUCUCCCUCCCCUGUCUGUACCCCUCCGUCUGCCUCUAAUAACCAGAGAGGAUGGAGCCCUCCUCAGCCUCCUCAACCCCCUGCCUGUAACAGGCACCAUGGACACCCUGAUAAAAAACAACACCUACCAUCCACCACCAAGAGCCAGAACUCAUUGAAAGCUGACGCCACCCAGAUAAAGGAAAUAGCUGGAGAUGACUGCUGUGUACACUGUGUCCUGGCCUGUCUGUUCUGUGAGGUGCUGUCCCUGUGUUCGGUGGUGGCCCAGUGUCUGGCCUGUGGAGAGGGCUGUGAGGUGAUGUGCUGCUGUGGAGAGGGGGCUGCCGGCGGCUUGGCCUGCGGGGAGGACGCCUGCUCUGCCCUGUUGGAUUGUGGGAUACUGGAGGACUGCUGCGAAUCUUCAGACUGUCUGGAGAUCUGUCUGGAGUGUUGUUCUAUCUGCUUCCCUGUGUAGAAGAAGAAGAAGAAGAAGAAGAAGAAGAAGAAGAAUGGAGGAAGAGGAAGAAGAACAUUGAAGUAUUUGACAGAAAACAGAUGCUAUUUUAACCCUGGUUUUGCUAGACCAGUGGAGUGGCUCUGUGUUAGGCCUCCCAAACUGACUGGGCCCGAAUAGAUAGGACAAAUGACCACAACCACCAUGUUGAACGCUUUUUAUUACCCCCCUAGGAUGUCUUUGUUCUACACCAACAUUGAUUGAAGUUUGGGUUUUGGGUUUAUUUAGUGUCAGUGUUUCUUUAAAUUAUUUUGCAAAGCCAUUAGGCCACAGCACAGGUUGAGGAUAGGAUGUUGCACUGAGCAGUCCGACCAGUCAGGUUGAGAUGUUGCACUGAGCAGUCCGACCAGUCAGGUUGAGGAUGGGAUGUUGCACUGAGCAGUCCGACCAGUCAGGUUGAGGAUGGGAUGUUGCACUGAGCAGUCCGACCAGUCAGGUUGAGAUGUUGCACUGAGCAGUCCGACCAGUCAGGUUGAGGUUGAGAUGUUGCACUGAGCAGUCCGACCAGUCAGGUUGAGGAUGGGAUGUUGCACUGAGCAGUCCGACCAGUCAGGUUGAGAUGUUGCACUGAGCAGUCCGACCAGUCAGGUUGAGGAUAGGAUGUUGCACUGAGCAGUCCGACCAGUCAGGUUGAGAUGUUGCACUGAGCAGUCCGACCAGUCAGGUUGAGGUUGAGAUGUUGCACUGAGCAGUCCGACCAGUCAGGUUGAGGAUGGGAUGUUGCACUGAGCAGUCCGACCAGUCAGGUUGAGGAUGUUGCACUGAGCAGUCCGACCAGUCAGGUUGAGAUGUUGCACUGAGCAGUCCGACCAGUCAGGUUGAGGAUAGGAUGUUGCACUGAGCAGUCCGACCAGUCAGGUUGAGAUGUUGCACUGAGCAGUCCGACCAGUCAGGUUGAGGUUGAGAUGUUGCACUGAGCAGUCCGACCAGUCAGGUUGAGGAUGGGAUGUUGCACUGAGCAGUCCGACCAGUCAGGUUGAGGAUGUUGCACUGAGCAGUCCGACCAGUCAGGUUGAGAUGUUGCACUGAGCAGUCCGACCAGUCAGGUUGAGGUUGAGAUGUUGCACUGAGCAGUCCGACCAGUCAGGUUGAGGAUGGGAUGUUGCACUGAGCAGUCCGACCAGUCAGGUUGAGAUGUUGCACUGAGCAGUCCGACCAGUCAGGUUGAGGAUGGGAUGUUGCACUGAGCAGUCCGACCAGUCAGGUUGAGGAUGGGAUGUUGCACUGAGCAGUCCGACCAGUCAGGUUGAGAUGUUGCACUGAGCAGUCCGACCAGUCAGGUUGAGGAUGAGAUGUUGCACUGAGCAGUCCGACCAGUCAGGUUGAGGAUGUGAUGUUGCACUGAGCAGUCCGACCAGUCAGGUUGAGGAUGGGAUGUUGCACUGAGCAGUCCGACCAGUCAGGUUGAGGAUGAGAUGUUGCACUGAGCAGUCCGACCAGUCAGGUUGAGGAUGUUGCACUGAGCAGUCCGACCAGUCAGGUUGAGGAUGGGAUGUUGCACUGAGCAGUCCGACCAGUCAGGUUGAGGAUGAGAUGUUGCACUGAGCAGUCCGACCAGUCAGGUUGAGGAUGAGAUGUUGCACUGAGCAGUCCGACCAGUCAGGUUGAGGAUAGGAUGUUGCACUGAGCAGUCCGACCAGUCAGGUUGAGGAUGGGAUGUUGCACUGAGCAGUCCGACCAGUCAGGUUGAGGAUGUGAUGUUGCACUGAGCAGUCCGACCAGUCAGGUUGAGAUGUUGCACUGAGCAGUCCGACCAGUCAGGUUGAGGAUGGGAUGUUGCACUGAGCAGUCCGACCAGUCAGGUUGAGGAUGGGAUGUUGCACUGAGCAGUCCGACCAGUCAGGUUGAGGAUGAGAUGUUGCACUGAGCAGUCCGACCAGUCAGGUUGAGGAUGAGAUGUUGCACUGAGCAGUCCGACCAGUCAGGUUGAGGAUGUGAUGUUGCACUGAGCAGUCCGACCAGUCAGGUUGAGAUGUUGCACUGAGCAGUCCGACCAGUCAGGUUGAGGAUGGGAUGUUGCACUGAGCAGUCCGACCAGUCAGGUUGAGAUGUUGCACUGAGCAGUCCGACCAGUCAGGUUGAGGAUGAGAUGUUGCACUGAGCAGUCCGACCAGUCAGGUUGAGGAUGGGAUGUUGCACUGAGCAGUCCGACCAGUCAGGUUGAGGAUGUGAUGUUGCACUGAGCAGUCCGACCAGUCAGGUUGAGAUGUUGCACUGAGCAGUCCGACCAGUCAGGUUGAGGAUGGGAUGUUGCACUGAGCAGUCCGACCAGUCAGGUUGAGGAUGGGAUGUUGCACUGAGCAGUCCGACCAGUCAGGUUGAGGAUGAGAUGUUGCACUGAGCAGUCCGACCAGUCAGGUUGAGGAUGAGAUGUUGCACUGAGCAGUCCGACCAGUCAGGUUGAGGAUGUGAUGUUGCACUGAGCAGUCCGACCAGUCAGGUUGAGAUGUUGCACUGAGCAGUCCGACCAGUCAGGUUGAGGAUGGGAUGUUGCACUGAGCAGUCCGACCAGUCAGGUUGAGAUGUUGCACUGAGCAGUCCGACCAGUCAGGUUGAGGAUGAGAUGUUGCACUGAGCAGUCCGACCAGUCAGGUUGAGGAUGGGAUGUUGCACUGAGCAGUCCGACCAAUCAGGUUGAGGAUGAGAUGUUGCACUGAGCAGUCCGACCAGUCAGGUUGAGGAUGAGAUGUUGCACUGAGCAGUCCGACCAGUCAGGUUGAGGAUGGGAUGUUGCACUGAGCAGUCCGACCAGUCAGGUUGAGGAUGGGAUGUUGCACUGAGCAGUCCGACCAGUCAGGUUGAAGAUGUGAUGUUGCACUGAGCAGUCCGACCAGUCAGGUUGAGGAUGGGAUGUUGCACUGAGCAGUCCGACCAGUCAGGUUGAGGAUGUGAUGUUGCACUGAGCAGUCCGACCAGUCAGGUUGAGGAUGUGAUGUUGCACUGAGCAGUCCGACCAGUCAGGUUGAGGAUGGGAUGUUGCACUGAGCAGUCCGACCAGUCAGGUUGAGGAUGGGAUGUUGCACUGAGCAGUCCGACCAGUCAGGUUGAGGAUGGGAUGUUGCACUGAGCAGUCCGACCAGUCAGGUUGAGGAUGAGAUGUUGCACUGAGCAGUCCGACCAGUCAGGUUGAGGAUGGGAUGUUGCACUGAGCAGUCCGACCAGUCAGGAUGAGAUGUUGCACUGAGCAGUCCGACCAGUCAGGUUGAGGAUGGGAUGUUGCACUGAGCAGUCCGACCAGUCAGGUUGAGGAUGGGAUGUUGCACUGAGCAGUCCGACCAGUCAGGUUGAGGAUGGGAUGUUGCACUGAGCAGUCCGACCAGUCAGGUUGAGGAUGGGAUGUUGCACUGAGCAGUCCGACCAGACAGGUUGAGGAUGGGAUGUUGCACUGAGCAGUCCGACCAGACAGGUUGAGGAUGGGAUGUUGCACUGAGCAGUCCGACCAGUCAGGUUGAGGAUGGGAUGUUGCACUGAGCAGUCCGACCAGUCAGGUUGAGGAUGGGAUGUUGCACUGAGCAGUCCGACCAGACAGGUUGAGGAUGGGAUGUUGCACUGAGCAGUCCGACCAGUCAGGUUGAGGAUGAGAUGUUGCACUGAGCAGUCCGACCAGUCAGGUUGAGGAUGAGAUGUUGCACUGAGCAGUCCGACCAGUCAGGUUGAGGAUGGGAUGUUGCACUGAGCAGUCCGACCAGUCAGGUUGAGGAUGGGAUGUUUCACUGAGCAGUCCGACCAGUCAGGUUGAGGAUGGGAUGUUGCACUGAGCAGUCCGACCAGUCAGGUUGAGGAUGGGAUGUUGCACUGAGCAGUCCGACCAGUCGUAAAAUUGAAUUCAUUCUCAAAAAUGGAAGGUUUUUAAUGGCAAGCUAGGAAUAAAGGAUGAAUACUAUAAGCUGAAUAAGGAAUGACACGUCAACAUUGAGGAAGUUAUGGGAUGACUGUAGAACAUGACAGUAAAAGUACAGUGAUACAGAUGGAGGAUCUUCAUUUGAGACAGUUUCCUAUAGCAGGAAAAUAAUCCUGCAGCAACAGGAAAUGUGAAUUAUUAUGUGGAUUAUAAUUAAUGGACAUUUUUGUAGGG